AUGGAUCAAUGCUCAUUAUAGUUUGUUAAAAAUUAACAAGAUAAAUGUUCUUUUGUUUAGAAUUAUUGCAAAAAUGAAGAAUUUAUAAAUUUUAUUUAGUUAUAUUAUUGUGAUAUGAAUGAAAAUAUAAUAUUACUAAUAAUACUUUCAUUCUUUGUAACAAUAUUUGCUUUCCAUCUUUUAUCGUCAACAGCAGAAAAAUAUUUAUCUCCUUCUCUUUCUAAAAUUUCAGAUUUUUUAGGUUUCUCAUAAACACUUGCAGGGGUAACUUUACUUGCAUUAGGAAACGGAGCAGCAGAUUUAUUUACAGCAGUUAUUGCCGGAGGAAGUUAAGAUUCGGAAGGUAUUUACAUUGCUAUAGGAAGUGUUUUUGGAGCUGGCUUAUUUGUAAAUACUAUUAUUUUUGGCAGAGUUAUAAAUUAAAGUAACCAAAUAAGGGCUGUUAAGCAUAUAUUUUUAAGAGAUAUAGGGUUUUAUACACUUGGAACUUUUAUUAUUAUUGUAUAUACUUUGAUUGGAUUUGUAAACUAUGCAAUGGCUUUUGGAUUUAUAGGAAUAUAUAUAAUGUAAUUAAAUAAUUUAUUUUUUUUAGUAAAGCGUUUUAUAAAAAAAUAUAUUGCGUUUUAUAAUAUUUUCCAUAAUAUUUUUUUACGUUUUAGAUUUAUUACAGUAGUUUUUUUUUAAGAAUGGUAAAAUAAAUUUAAUAAUUGCAAAUUCUAAAGUUUUGUUGAUGAAAAAGAAUUGCAAUAUGAAUAAUAUUAAUAAGGAUUUUAAAUUAUUUAGCCUAGUGAAGAUAUAUUUAGUGAAUUUAAUGGUUGUGAUGAGCCAUUUAAAACAUCAUUUAAAAGAAAAUCUAUUUCUAAUAAAUUCAACCAAAACUACAUAAAUUUAAAAUAAAAAAUAAAAUCAACUUUUACUAGGUUUGAUUUAUAAUGGACUGAAAUGGUUUGGUGGCAAAAGCUUUAUUUUAUUUAUGAAUUACCUAUAAACUUUAUAAGGGAUAUGGUGAUUUUGAAAACAGAAGGUGAUAAAUGGAAUAAAUGGCAAGCUAUAUUUAUUUGCUUUACAUCUCCUUUAUUCAUUUUAUGUUAUACAGAGAAUAUUCAAAGUUAAAUAUAUGAUAUUCAUAUAGCAAUUGUUUCUUUAAUUUUUAGUUUUUGUUUAUCUAUUACUGUUUGGAAGUUUACUCAUUUAUCGAAAACACCAAAUAAUAUAUUCUUUUUUUCACUUUUAGGAUUUGUUAAUUCAGUAAUUUUUAUUUCAACAGCAGCUUAAAUUUUAGUUGAUUUUCUCAAAUUAAUUUAAUUGAUUACAAAUAUAAAUAAAGCUUAUCUAGGGAUGACAUUUCUGGCUUUUGGUAACUCUUUAGGUGAUUUCUUUACAAACCCAUAAUUAGCAAAAAUGGGAUUUGGAAUAAUGGCUCUUUCUGGUUGUUUUGCAGGUUAAGUAUUUAUAAGUUAUAUAGGUUUUGGAAUAGCUUUAAUAUUUAAAACUUAAAAGUAAAAAUAUAAUAAUUCUUUUAAUUUUAGUAAAAAAAUAUAGGCAUGGUAUACAUAUAAAGCUCUUUAAUGGAUAGAAUGCUAAAUAAACAUUUGA